AUGAUAGAGAGAGAAAGAGAUAGAGAGGAAAUAAUAAGAAGAGAUAGAGAGGAAAAAGAGACAGAGGAAGAACAUCGAGAAAUAGAAGAAAAAUCGAAACGCAAAGAGAUGCCUAAAAUAAUUAAAGAUGUAACUCUCACCAGAGCGUGGGAAGAAGACCGCCCUAUAUUGCCUAUAGGGAGUCGGAUACUGUACCAAAAACAGGAAAAACUGGUGGCGAAAAUGGAUGCGGUAUCAGAAAAAUCACUUUCACACACAAAAACUAGAGGCGUCGUUGAAGACACUGGAAAAAGUUAUGAUAAAGGCCAACUCGAUGAUGGAAAAUAUGGUAGAAGUUUCGAUUUAGAAAAUGGUAUACAAACGGUUAAAGAAUUAGAUAUAGAGUUGAAAAAGAAAAAGUCGAAUGAAACAACAAUCUGUUCAGCCGAAAAAGAUAGAAGUUUAAAGACAAUUAGAAGCGCUAUAGAGUUGGAAUUAAGUAGCCAACGGCUGCAUAUUAGAAGAGAAUAUAAGCUGACGCAAAAAUCCAACUUUGAUCUUUGGAUGGAUUAUUUGAAAUCUGAAUUAAUGAAUAACGACUUGUUAGAUAUAAUAGAUUCAAAUAUUAAAAGUCCAGAAAAUUUGUCCGAAUUGAAACUUGCUAAGAGAAAAAGUCUAGUUAGAGAUAUAAUAAUCAAUCAUUUAGAUGAAAAUUGCCAUAAAAGGAUUUUACAUGAAAAAGACCCAACUGAAAUUCUAAAGAAAUUAAGAGGAUAUAAAAAGAGCGAAAUAAAUGUUACACAUGCAUCGGUACGAUCUAGACUUUAUCAAAUUAGAAUGAGAAAAGAUGAAAAAGCCGUGUCAUUGAAUGUACCAGAGCUGAGGCAUGUAGAUCUGAUUAGAAGACAAACUAAUCUCAAAGAAAUGAAUAUAGAUGAAAUAAAAUCUUUUAUGAUGCAGUUAGAGGCAGAGAUUAAGAACGAGUCUAGAGAAAAACCUGAAAAGAUGGAAGUUAGAGCACAGAGAGCCACCGCAGAAGAGGACAUUAGACAGGUCAAAUGCUUUAGAUGCAAUAGAAUGGGCCAUAUGGCAAAGAACUGUCCGCUAGCAGAAUCAGGGGCCUGGUUUUGCUAUUAUUGCCAGGAAGUGCGAGGCCACAAGGGAGACAGUUGUCCCAAUGCCGGAGCCCAGGCGAACAAACCUAGAGGAAAAAGGUAUUUGAACAAAACCGUUAAUACAAAUAUAAAGAAAAAGGGUAAAUUUGAACAGAGAGGCACUAAAAGAGUGAAUAACAAAGGGAAGAUAACAAAGAUACAAAAAGCUAAGAAACCUACACCGACAAAAACAACAAAAGAAGUUCUUGAGGGAAUUUAUGAGGAACCAAAUUGGAUUAUACAAUUUGAAGUUAAAAAUAAUAAUGUAGAGGACAAUGACAAUGUAGAAUGUGUCGUGUAUAGAUGUAGAGCAGAUAUAGUUUCACAUUGUGAGCUUCCUGAACAAUCGCAAGCAAACAUUCAGAACAAUGAAUUAUCCAUUUCGGAGGGAGAAUUAGAAAAGAAGGAUAAUGAUGGCUCUGCGAUUGGGAGGGAGAAUGAAGGAGAGCUCACGAAUGUGAGCGAAGAUACAGAACAUAACAAUACUGAACUCGAGCAGGUCAUCAAGUUAGAGGAUAUACAGACGAUAGAGAACAUAGAAGAAAUGUUUGAAAGCUCAGUAACGGAAAAAAUAGUUCGAGAUUCAUUUUUGAAUCUCGGUCAGUUCGUCACCGGCGUGAUGGCAGCAUCAGCCGGGUCAGAUCGUGCGGCGCCGCAUGAGCGCUGCUUGCGCAUGCUCGAUCUCGACACGAGGCGACGGUGCGACUUCACGUGCGUUACCGGCGCUUUUGGCUCAUGGCUACCGUACAUAGUACACGCGUCGUGUAGUGCUAAAAACUUUCGAGUGCUCUUGUGGACCUUCUCAUCAGAGACUAGACUCAGUGCGGUCACGUAG